CUGGAGAUCGCGGACGGGUCACCGCCCGGGAGCCCCAAAUACGCUGCCUUGGGUCCCAUGUUGGAAGGGAGGGCAGACGUUAAAUGCAGGAAAAUAAAUAAGCAAGCUGCCCCCAGAUGCUUACUUAGAAAACACGAACAUGAACGCUGGGCCUGGAGCCUGAAAGUGCCUUCGCAAAAAGUUCUCAUUGCUAUACUUUUGUCGGGAAGAAGCACAAACUUCAGAGUUCAUGACAAACCUAGGUAUUUCAUAUUCCUGCGAAGAAAACGGGGAUGUUUCCUAAUUUCCUUCUAAACGUUUUAUCUGUAUUUAAUUCUGGGGAAUUUUGAAGGGGGGCCAAGAAUUAUCUUGGCACUGAAGGGGCAGGGAAGAGAGAGAAACAGAAAAGGAGAAAAGGCAAAGAAGGCCCAACCCUUUUCCUCUCCCAAGUGGCUUCUGCCUAGCACUAGGUGUUCAGAGAGUGAAGGGCACGAACAGCGGCUUGGUUUUAUGUCCGCUGGUCUGCAAGCGUCGCUGGACGCAUUUCCAUUUAGGAUGGUCGCCAAAAUCCAGUUGCUGCUGUUCCUCCUCUGCCUUCACGCUCCCAAUUAUAACACCCUGUUGUUGCUCAGGUCCGCGGGCUUCUUGUUAUGUGGCCGCGCAGCGCCUCCGAGAGCACCCAGCGUCCCUUGCCCGGGGCGGGUGGAGGCAAGGAAGCGGCCUCUGCUGGGGGUGGACGGGGCCUGGUCGGGCGCGCAGGAGACCGUGGGGGAAAGGGCACCGCCCUUGCGGGGAGAGGCCUGGCGGAUGACAGACAGGCCGGGGGAUAGCGCGAGGCAGGUUGCAUUUCAAAAGCCAUCCGAGCUGAAACGGGUCGGGUUUCUGUUCACACGGGGAGGCCGCCCCGCCGCCGCCAGCAGCACGGGCGGGCGACCAAAGGCAGCCCUUGCCCUCCACCCGCUCCUCUUUCUCCUCUGUGCCCGCCUGCCUCCUCCUUUCUCCUCGAGUCUCUGCGUUUGACAUUCAUUGUAAAGUCCCGUCGCCCCUCCGCCCUGUGUCCAUCGCCCGGCCUUUUCCCUCUCUCCCUUCUCCCGUCAUUCCCGCCUCUUCUUGCACUUUUCUGCCUCGGUUCUUUUUCACACUCCCCACUUCACUGCCUUUUUCUUUAACGUUUGCCUUCCCCCGCUUCCCUCUCUUAUGUCAUCUUAUUAUAUUCUAUCACGCCAUGUCAAUGAGUUAGGCACAAAGGAGGCAGAAGUCUAAAAAUCUCUAAUCCACGAAAUGCUCCUAUAAUGUCUAUGUGAAGAGUUGAGAGUGCACUGAAGCCUUAAUGUGCUGGAAUAAAUCCCUUUGGGUUUAUUUGAGUCUGAAAUAAGGCCCACUGAAUUCCAUCAUGUAUAGGACUACACUGUGUUAGUUGACCUGUAUUGAUAUUGCUAUUAUUUGAAGCUGUAAACGCAACAAGAUGUAAAUAUAGUGGUAAUCCAAUAUUUCCCACUCUCUUCGGUUCCAAUUCUGCCUCCAAUCCAUGGCUGGCCCAAUCAUGAGACAAGGUGAGGUGACUGCCUCAGGCGGCAGAAUCCACAAGGCCAAUGGAUCCCAAUGUAGAUCUUGAUUCUGCCAGUGCCUUUGUUCCUGGUAUCGAUCUUCACUCCUCCACUUCUUCCAUGGCAGAAGGGAGGUGCCAUUUUGUCUUGAGCUGGCCCUGCUCCAACUACAUUUCACUCAAUUGCCUUGUGAACUGGAAGACAGAAUGGGUUCCCAUAAGAAACACUGCCAACAGAGAUACAGUGAGAGGCAAUGAAACCCCCACUCCCAUGAACCCUAAUCCCAAGGAUCCCAGCUUUCUUUUCUUUUUAAAAGGGAGGUUUGGGCAUUUGUAGAACCUGAGGUAGGAAGCGAAGAGUACAGUCACUAAUUUAUUUAUUUAUUUAUUAUUGUGGAGGGGGGUAAGAAACCAACUUUUCCUUUCCCCUGAAAAAUUCCUGCAGGCUGUAGACGUUCAUGGCCAGAGGACACACUCAAAAUCACAUACGCCAACAAAUAGGAGGGGGAGCCCUAGUUUAAAUACUCUGUCAAACUAAAGCAAACGCUGCCUGCCGAGUUUGUUGUGGCUCCCUCCUUUUAAUAGGCCACAAGCAUCUUUGUAAGCAGAAUGCGGCCUCUGAUGCUGUGCAAGGACUUUUCUUCUAAAGUGUGUCUUUAUGGUGUUACGUGUUAUAUCUCAAGCUGCAAAAAUUUUUCCAGAUGUUCAAUCUGCUCAGCUAUUUUUGAUUCCUACCUUCUAGAACCAUUCCAAAAGAGCCCAGGAUGGCAAACAAGUGAUAAAGCGAUAAAGACAUCCUAAAGCAUAUUUGAAACAUUUUUUUAAAGAACCCUGUAAGUGUCACUGUUAAUUAUUCCUAAAGUGACCUCUCUUCCCACUCUCCGCUUUCUGUCUGCAAAGGAGAAAGAGACGCCCGUGCGCUUGGUUCUCCUUGCAAAAGUGCGGGAAGAGAGUGAUACCUAAGGGGGAAAUCCUACGCCUGUUGACGAAAAUCCUUCUUCCUCAUCCGUAGACGGUACGCAAAGACCACCAAAGAGUUGUCUCCCCUACAAGCAGUCCUUCCUCAUAGUUUCUGCCUUUGUUUUAUAAAUAGGACAAAGCUCGCCCCCUCCAGCCGGAUCUUUCCCUAAAGCUCUCUUGUGUUCUCCUGCAGUAUAUAAAAAGGUGCAAAUUAUUUCCACCCGUCAAACUUUUUUUCUCUCUGGAACUUUUUCCACUGUUGGGUCAGAUUUGAGAAGUGUAAACGCUGCGUGCCCGGACUGACAUUAUUCGCGCAUGCAUCUGCGCUUGUUUCUGUGGGUUUUAUUAAUCCCUUUCGCAGUCUGUGGCUUGCUUCGCUGGCUGCGAAGCCACCUAGCAGAAACACACGCUUUGAUCAGUUCCUGCCCGAGCUAUCCAGCUGAAGGUGUCUCCCGGCCAGCUCCAGCCACCCUCCCGCCCUCCUUCCUCCCCGUCUCCCUUGCGCGCUCGAGGUGCUCCGGGCUUUCCCACGCUUCCAAGACGCCCAGGAGUGUUUGGCGCCGGGACCGCUGCCGCGCUUCAGCCAAUGAAGAAGCGGGCAGAAGCGCCGGGGAAGGAGGCCUGUCACUCACUCCUCCGCUGCCCCAAUCCAGAGGGCUCAGCCGGAGUAGGAGGGGCGUGGCUUCGCCCCUCCUGUGGGCGGGCUCUUGUGCUCGAGGCUGAGCUGCAGCGUGGGAAAGAGCUUCAGAAAUCCAUUCAGUUCGCUGGCGCCGGCUGGGGAGGGAUAGGCGGGCUUUAAUCCGGAGUCACUGUCCAAAAAGGGAAACCGCAGACCUGAGUUCUCCUUGUUUAUCUCCUGAUUUGGAAGCUGGACUCUUUCCUUGGGCCACAAUGAAGCGGCCUUGCGAGGAAACUACCUCAGACAGCGAUAUGGACGAGACUAUAGACGUGGGGAGUGAAAAUAAUUACUCUGGGUAAGGACGAAGUUUGUUCGUUCCGGGUUGUUUUUUUUAUUUGCAACAAGAACAAAAAAUCUGGACCGUGCCUCCUCUUUUUCUGUGGGAGGGGGUGGAAGAGGAGGAUGGAGAGCCAAAUCAAAGGCACCCCCACCCGUGUGGGACCAUUGUUUCUUGGCGCCCCUUUUUGACUUCUGUGCAGUGUUGGAUAUUCUGGCAUCGGAGGGGCAGUUAAUAAAUUUUAGAUCUGGACUUGAUGGUUUUGUGGAAGGGAGCGGGGUAAGAGUGCUAUUUCACUGUUAAUAUGUAUUAGAUAAUUUGCUUCAAAAACGUGGCUUUGUGGUCCUGCUACUUACUCAUUUUGCUGACGGGCUCCUGAUGUCCUGCCCUGAUGAAUGGCACCCCAUUUUGUUAGGUUCUAAUAGAACGUAGGGGGUCUAUUUUCUACCCUACUCGGACGUCACACUUCUUUCCCCCAGCUAUCUACUUUUCCCUUCACUAACUGGCAUCCUUAGUUGUAAAAAAUUCUCUUGGGGAUAUAUGUAAGAGCGUAAGUUUGUCUGGGUAGAAAAAAAAGCAUAGCAACAGUAGCAGAGUACUGUACUUUUAUCACAGUCAGCCAUAUAGUCUUGGUCAAUAUACAUCUUUUGGAACUGUUCUUUAGUGCUAGAUGUUAAGCAAAAAGGGGAGUGUGGGGGAUGGAGUAUCACAUUUUGUGUCCUGUAGGCUGUUGACAAUUAGCAUGUGUUGAGUAGUAGCAGUACUGAACUAGUAGAUUCUGUGUAAAGUGGAGCUGCAGCCGCUUGCAAGACUAGAAUUGGGGUGGAAGGCAUCCCUUGAAAUACUUGAACCAGUCUUAUACUACUAAUCCUGUGUUACUAGAAUUUUUCUAGGUGUGUACUGUUGUAGGUCAUUGUCAGAAAAGAAGGCAAAUCCAGUAUAACUCACCUCCCAGCAAAUGACCUGGGUUUGCCUGCUAGGAAGGAUGGGGUGGAAAUGAGUUAAGGUCUCAGCCGUACCUACUGUUGUUUAAUAUGGACACUAAGUUUUCUAUACCUCCAUAAAUUCUUCAGUUCUGCAGAUCACUGCCUUCCCACACUUUCUUCCCCAUCAAUCUGGAUUUUCUCAUAACAAGGGAUACUUCAAACAUCUGGAUUAAUAGUUGAGAAAGUGUGGGAGGCAUUGAUUUAGAAGAGAUUUUCUUAUGGACAAGGAGUAAUUAAUGGAGCUACCAGGCUAUUCACAUUAAACAACAGUAUGGAUGAAACCUAGAAAAGAGAGAUUGAUUAGAAUGCUAUAGAACUCAAAUGGGGGGGCACAGUUGCUUCAGAAUAAUAGGUGAAGCUGGAGCAUUGUUGAGAUAAGUAGAGCAAGGUAUGCUUCAUUACGUCUGCUUGUGUAACAAUCCUCAAGGCCUUGAGAUGUUUGUGGUGAGAGUGUUUGAAGAAAGGGUGAUUGCUAUCAAAGCAAAACAAGAUAUUUUCACAAGAGGGCUGUCAACCAACUGAAUUAUAUUAGUUGAUUAAUCAGCUAAAGAAAUUUGAAUUUUACCAAGUCUCAAUAUAGAGUGGUUGGGGUUGGUUUGUGAUUCUGAAGAAAGUAGAAAACAACUGAAUAAGUAACACUGCAAUUCUAGCUCUACUUACCUCGCAGUUAGUGGCACCUACUCAGUAGGGAACUUACUUUCUAAGUAGACAUGGCUUGGCUUGCACUGUUAAUAAACAAAAAUUGUGCCUAAUUUUUAGGCUGCCUUUAAUAAUUAAUUUCAUGAAACAAUGCAGAGUCAAAGCUAAAACAAAGUUCAGCCAGAGUUAGACAUGUUUAACUCCCAAUUAUAUCAGUGGCAUGCUUAAAUCUCUCAUUGAAAACUUGGUAGUAUCCAGCCCUAGUCUUACUCAGUAACAUGUCCAUUGAUUUUAAUGGGUUCCCUCUGAAUAUGACUUCCUUGGAUAUUGCCCAGUGGGACUAAAGAAAGUAGUUUUUGAUAGAAUUUUGUUAACAGAGAUGCUAUAAAAAGAUAGCAGUAAAAUUACUGUUUCAGUCAGUGAUUCCCUUUGUCUUUUAAAAUGCUGCUCUCCUGGGUUUGCUCAGACGUGUUAUGAUUUGGGAGUUUAAAGAGGCAUUAUCCACAUGAUGCAAUAAAUCCAAUUGCUUUUUAUAAUCCAUUUUAAAUUAACCUGUUUCAGGGUAUCUACACAGUAGUAGUAUUUAAUGUUAGCCAGUUGGGUUUAUAUAGACUGUACACAGUGCAAUUUUUUUCUAGCAAAAGAGAUACUGCAGCUCACCAUGAACUUCCACCGUGUUCACCUGAGAGAUGCUAGAACUGAGCUCCUGUGAGCUUCAGCUGGAAAAAAACAACGCCCUGGCUGUAGUAGUUCGGUCUCAUUCCCAAUCAAGAUGGUUAGUGUAGAUUAGCUGGACAAUUACAUCUGAAUUUCAUGGAAAUAUUGUGUAAGUUUUAAACCUUAAAUCCAAUUACAGUAGUGUUAUGCCACAAAUCACUUACUCUGGGGUAGUAUCGUAGAAGUCAACAGAGAAAAUUUAAUUCCAAUUAAUGUCGUUAUCUGAGUGAAGCCAAAAAAUGUAGCUGGAUAAAUGCAGAGGAGGAAAUACUAACAGGUGUUUGCAUGCUAAAUUUAGGUUCUAGGGCCUGUAGUAUGUCAGAAAUAAUCACCUAAAUAUAUCGGCUGUCAGUAAAAAAAAAGUUUCCUCUUCGUUGAGGUCCAGAUGAUAUAUAUGUCAUAUGCAAUUGCAAUUGGUUGUUAUAAAAGAAAAGGAAACAAUCUAUUCAGAAUGAAGUAAAAAAUGGCUUACAUAGUAAUCAGUGGUACAUACAACUAUUUAACUCUAACUGGAUUGUCUCAAGAAUUUUAAAAUAUUUAAUCUGGAAUUAUCUAAAGCAAUGUGAUUGACAGAUGAGGAUAAUUGAUGGACUGCCUUAGAUUCAAAGCAGUCUAGUGCAGGCAUAGGCAAACUCAGCCCUCCAGAUGUUUUGGGACUACAACUCCCAUCAUCCCUAGCUAACGGGACCAGUGGUCAGGGGUGAUGGGAGUUGUAGUCCCAAAACAUCUGGAGGGCCGAGUUUGCCUAUGCCUGGUCUAGUGGUUCAAGCGACUGUCAACUAAAAGGGGCUGUAAUUGAGGUUAUCCUUCUGAGAUGAAUGGAGAUUGCACAACAGAAGUACCUGAUAAUUUUGUUGAAGGCUGGGCACUCUGCUUUUUAGAAAAACCCAAGCAUCCUAAUCAAGUUUGUUAGAAUAUGAAGCAUUUUACAAUCCAACAUGCGUAGUUAGGAAAUCUCAUUGAUCUCGGUGGAAUAUUUGUAUUUCCAAGUGAUGACCAUUUUUUGGUUAAUGUUUUUUGUACACAGAUGUGAGUUUAGUCAAAAUACAUGUGCCUUGCAUCAGCUGUGAAUAUUUCUUGUGUGUGUGCUCGGCAAAAUACAUGGAAGUGAGCCUAAUCCUUUUCAGACUGCUGCUUCUAUAUCUUUUGCUUGAUAAAGUGAUUUCUGCCAAACAUAGGCAAGUCAGAGGCAUGUCCUUUUUGUAUCAAGUAUCUAUUUCUGCUGUAUUGGAAGCAGUAGGCUUGAGUGUGCUCAAUAUUAGACACUUAAUCAGUAGUUCUUUUGAGGACAUGGUUAAUACAUUUGAACUCUUAUAUAAUGAAUAUUUUACAUAUUUGCCGGUACUGAGGUCACCCAGUCAGGGUGAACUCAGGACCGUGGAAUAUUUUGGGAGGACUCUUUUUACUUUUUAAAUGAACUUCUUGGUGAGCAAAACUAAAGGGGAUGGUGUGAUGGGGCUGAAGAGUGGUAGUGAAAGUUUUCUUCUGCCUGCUUCCAUAUUUUACUGAGCACUUGAAACAGGAAUGGGGAACCCGUGCCUUUUUAAAUGUUGUUGGACCCACCAUCUCUUAACCAUUGACCAACCUGAUUGGGGCCAAUGAGAGUUCGGUGUUCAACAGUAUAUAGAGAACCUCAAGUUAUUAUAAUUCCUAUUUUUAAAAUUUAUAUACUGUCCUUCAUCUGAGGAUCACAGGGCGGUUUACGAUAUAAAUUACAUAGCCCUCGUGUUGGUGGGAGGAGGGAGGCAUUAGACCCAGGGCUGGCCCUAUGAUGAGGCAAAGUGAGGCAGCUGCCUCAGGUGGCAGAUGUUGAGGUACAGGGAGGAGACAGCUGUGUGUUCCAUGUGGCUUGCCCUGACACCCCUACACUAGCUUGCUGCCCUCAAGUGUAGUGGAAGAGACUGUCCUUUUGCCGGUACAGCUGAAAACAAAAAAGUUGUACAAAACAGGACAGAGUAAAACAAUACUUGCUUAGGAAUAAUUGUCCUUCAUUUUCAACAUUUGUAAAGUAAGAUUUUGUGACUGGAGUAAAAUUCAACUUCCAGUCGAAUUGGCUUCUGUGUGUGUGUUGGCAGAAGACACCACCUUUUCCUUCGCCUCGGGCGGAAAAAUGCCUUGAGCUGGCUCUGUUUAGACCUCUGCAACAAACAACGCAAUAGGAUGCUGUACCUGACAUGCCUUUUCAACUGUUCCUCAGGCACAGUGCCAGUUCAGUGAUCCGAUCAAAUUCGCCUACGACAACAUCUCAGAUCAUGGCCAGGAAAAAGCGAAGAGGGGUAAGGCUUUCCCUUAUAUUUUUAAUGUAACAAUUGCAUUUGUUUCUGCUGUUUUUACCUUCUAUGCACCUUAACUUUUAUAUCAAUUUAUUGCUUUGUUUUGGCAAUAGAUCAUAGAAAAAAGGCGCCGUGAUCGCAUAAAUAACAGUUUAUCCGAACUGAGGCGGCUUGUGCCAACAGCAUUUGAAAAACAAGUAAGCAUAAAUAUUCUGUAUCUCAACUCAUCUGGUCAUGUUGGGUCUUUCAUGAAGCUCAUUAAAAAUAAGGCUGGAUGUGUUCUGAUCUGGCACAGAGCAGGCACUUCAAUAAAAUGCUUUGUUGUGGCAAAACUAUUAAAAGCAAAAUUCUCCACAAGGCUGAAAAACAUUUCCAUUCUCUGGUUUGCUGUUCCCUUAAGGGCAAUAGUGUUCGUGUUGUCUCUGUUCUUUCUAUGCAUUCCAGUAGUGGUUUUGUUUUGCUGUUUUUAAAAGUGCUUUAUUCCUUACAGUUUUUUAAAAAACCCACACAUGUCAAAUACCCUCCUGCAUAAAUCUUUUAACAGCAUUGUAUUCUCAUCCCUCUCCUUUCUGAUACUUUUUUUAUUUAAUUCUAAAUUUAAUUAGUAAAAUAAUCUGAUUGUUUCAGAUCCUUAAUAAGCUGGCUAUUUAAUAAACUCUCUCAAAUAUUUAAAUUCUUAAAAAGAAGCUGUUCAGAUAUAACAAUUGUUGCUAGUGCUGCAGCUCUUUAAAAUGGUCCAAGUUGGAAUACAGUUUUUUAAAUGUAAGUUUUUGCAGGGUGAUCACAUGAGGAAGGGUGAAUAAAAAUUAUUUCCUAUAUAUAAAAAAGUUAUGUAUUCCAUUCUUAAGCUGCCCAACAUCUAUGAAGAUCCCAGGCUGGUUUAUACAAUUAAUAUAUUAAAAAAUAAAAUUAGCAUUCUUCUUGCAGAAUUGUCCCAGCCAAAACUUUGUGUUGGACAUGUUCUGAUGUAAUGUGUCGGCACACUCAUUAUAAUUACUGAUCUUUCUAUAUAGUGUUUUAUUUAUUUUGGAUAUUUUUAUCUUGCUUUCGCAAAAAAAAGUGAAACGUUGUGCAGAACCCCUUUCUUAAAUGUAAAUUUGUGAUUCCUGAGAACAGCACAAAUAGGUUUCGUCAAUAUUGCUAAGCGUAACGUACUUCAAAAGAUUUCCACUGGCUUUGUAGAAUCAUAGAACUAUAUGGGAUGAAAGGAACCUUACUCUUCUGUGGAAUUAUUCAAGGUGAUGUGAAGUUGUGUUGCAUACACAGGAGAAAAAUUAAAUCACUUCAGUCACCAGCUUAUAAGAGUUGGAGGAACACAAGUGUUGUAUUUGGAUCAUUUCUAAAUAUGAAAACAGAACCUCUCGAUUAAGCCCCUUCAACAAUAACAAAAGUUUGGAGGGUUUUUAGCAUCUCAUUACUGACUCGUAACCAGUUGUGAUUCCUUGACUUUGGGAGAGAAGUCUGGAGAAAGGUGCUUCUCUUGGUGCUGAAGAUGCAAUAGGUCCAAAAUUUGGAAAUGUAAUUGCAACCUCGAAAUUGCAAUCAUUAUGAUUUACAGUGGAAUCCUAUACAGAAAUGUCUACUUGGAAGUAGGUCCCACUGAGUUAAAUGGGAUUCCUUCCCUGAUGAGUGCUCAUAGGAUUACGACCUCAGUGUGGUGCAGAGUCAUUGAAAUCUAAGGGAAUACAAUGCAUUUUCUAUGCGGUAAGUAUUUUGAACGUAGGCUCUGGGAUAGAUUGCUUGCACGGAAGAAAGCGUGAGAUGAGUAUCAUGUUAUAUAACACAAUGAAACCUGUACGAAAUCAACUUACACGAGUUAACUUUGAAACUCUUGAGAGAAUGUUUGUUUAUGUAUUUGAGGAAUUAUUCUCCAUCCUUCAAAAAUUGAAACUACAUGGUUCAGGUUCAUACCACUUAGUCUGGAAUAACAUGACAAUAAUAUUAUAAUAAUAAUUUUAUUAUUUGCACCCCACCCAUCUGACUGUGGUUGUUUUUGGAAUAAACAAAAACAAAAAAUGGACAACAAACAAAAAUACUAUUGUUAACAGGAACACUUUCAUGUGAGACUAUGUAACAGUGUCAGAUGAUUACGAUUCCUGUACACAAGAGGACAAGAUUGUCCUUAGUGCAGCUCUCAAAUGAAAGAGGAAGAUGUAUUUCUGCCUCUAGGGGGCGCUGCCAUGGGCACAAGGGAUGGAAGAAGGUUUCAGGCCUUCUUUGUAGAAGGAUAGAGAAGGUCAAUUCAAACUGGGCAACCCUUAAGGCCAUGAUAACUAUAGUGAUGACAAAUAUGAAGAAUUGGAAGAAGUAGAAACUGAAAGCAAUAGCUGAGAAAGCACAGCUAAUUAAAUUUCAUGUACAUUCAUUGAGUCUUGGUUAUCCCCUUGCUUUUUCCCUCAUUUCUUUUUAUGGAAAUUAGUGCUUUAUGUCUGCUUGACACAGGAGGACUGGAGGAGAUGUAAUAUUUUUCUUUCUUUUACUAAUAUGGGUGUUUUCUUUUGUUUUUAUUGUUUUCUGCCUGCUCCUCAUAAACUGGCAUAGUCAAAGAAGUUUCUUACAGGUCAGGUUCCUUACAGUUCAGCAGCUUGUAGCUCAGUUUGUAAACAUUUUCUUUUAAAAAAUACCAUAUUUUUUUCGUGUAUAAGACUAGGUUUCCCCCUAAAAAAUAAUGUCAAAAAUUAGGGGGCGCCUUAUACACAGAUACAUCUCUCCCCCCAUUUUCUUAAAUCUGAGUCCCCCAAAAUAGGGCGUGUCUUAUAUGGUAAAUUCAAUUUGGGAUUAUUGUCUGAAUAAACUGUAUAAUAAACCAGACAUGAUAAUUUUAUGGCAAACCAUGAUACAUUUUAUGUUCCUAAGGUAACAAAGUGACUUUCAAACUGUAAAUGGUUGAAAGCACCAUAUAUAUAUAUAUAUAUAUAUAUAUAUAUAUAUAUAUAUAUAUAUAUUCCUAAAAUAUUCCACACGUAUAUAUAUUUACCCAAACUGGGGGGGAAACCUCUUCCCCGUGCCUUCAAAUUUUCUGGAAAUAUUACCUUUCCAAUUUUGAUUCCCAACACUACUUUUCCCCCAAUGGUCAUGAAAUGUUCUAUUAAGGGAGCUAUCCCACAUUGGAAGAAAACAAGCACUUUUAUUUUAGGCCAUAUGUAGAUCUCCCUAUUCUUGCAACUCCUUCUCAUAUCUCAUUGUAGGGAAAGUUGAUGUGUUUUAUAUAUGGUGGAGUAGAUGGUAUAUACUAUGCACAGACUAGGCCUUUAAUGCAGAUACAAGCAGAUGGGGCGGGGGGGGUGACUAUGAGCAGGCAAAACACCAUUCCUGCUACCCACAUUAUACCUUUAGCAACUUGCAAAGCUCAGCAGACUUUGGCAGCAUGGGAACAUGGAGUUGUCCUGAGCUAGUCAGAGAAAGUGGGACAAGGGACAACAGUUGAUUGUCCCAUUGCAUUGUUUACUUCUUGAAAACCACAAACAUUAUAAAGGCUUCUAAAGCUCCUGGAAAUUACCCAGCAUCGGGCAGCUAUUACUCAGCUCUUGCUAAAAAUGUUUGUGUUGGGUCAAUGGAAAAGAUUAGCACUGAGGAAAGUACAAGUUGUAAUACAGGGGAAAGAUAAGGACGGGGGAAGGAAAAGCAAAGCAAAGCAAUCUAAGAUAACCCAGGUCAUAUAAAAUCUAAAAAUGCCAAGGCUUACUGUGCUUAUUACAUUUAUAAAAAUAAUAAAUAAUACGGGGAAAGGGCCAUUGGAAUAAACUUUCAUACAGUCUGUCAGGCCACGUGUUAUCAUUGCUGUCUAGUCUUGAUCAAAUGGCUUUUUAAAAAAGAAAGAAAAUAGUAUUAGUAUUCAGGUUUGUUGUAAUCCAAGUCAUUCUGAGAAAAGCUACACAUCCAUUCUCUUUACUGGUGCAACUGAAGAUACUGUUGAAUGUUCUUCAGCCGACUUCUAUGACUGCUAUAUAUAGGUACAUUCAGUUGGCUCUUCAAAGGGAAAGGUGACCAUUUCUGCUUAAACUUUUUUUUAAAGACAUACCCCAGUCUUUCAAUUGACUGAUUGUCUUACAAUACAACACUUGCGCGCGCACAAGCUUGUACCCUGGACCAGCGCAUGUUUCUCUUUGGUUCCCCUGUUGGAUCAGAGGGUUCUUCCUCAUAGGGAAGCAAGCUCUUUGCAAUUUCUCCUUCAAUGGAGAAUGGAUUGGGUUAUGCUGCUCUUCCCUUUGCCAUGAUGCCCUUCCUGGGAGGCCAAGAGUGCCACCUUCCAUUAGUCCUUGGUCCCUUGGCUGAUGGCAGAAACCAGAGGGUGCUUCCAACAAAAAUAAAUCAAUCAUUGAGUCGCUAAGUGGAAAUCACAAGCUUUUCAUUUGAAGACAUGUAGCAGUCUUAGACAUUUAUUGAAGAAUAUUUAAAUUCUGUAUGGAGUUCCAGCAGUAAAGAUAAUGGACUUUUAGGGAUCAGAGUGUUGCGGAGCCUGAGCAAUUUUGAGUGCACAAAUUGCUUCACAGUUAUUUGCUCAUUUAUUCUGAGGACCAUCCUGGGAGUUAGUUAGGCUGAGAGAGAAAGUGACUUUUAGAAGUUGGUUGCUCAGUAAGAUGCACAAACUUGGACUUCUCAUGUUCAAGCACAGCACUCGAUGGCUUGACUCGCAGCUGAAUGUGUGAAUAGGUGCUAUUGAAAAGCAAUGUGCUUUGAGGUAAUGCAAGAUGAAUCGUCGGUUGUCUUUGCCUUGAUAGAACCAGGAUGGCCAUAGCAAGUCUUGGAUGGAGCUCUGAACAUAACUGCACACUGUAGGGAUAGACCCAUGAUUUCACACCUAAUCACAUGGGAGAGCAAAAGGAACAUAUGAGUAGGGGGUGCUGAACCCCCAUCCCUCCCACAAUUAAACCCCCCCUUUCCAAGAUUACUUUCCUGCCAGCUGGCUUCAUAUGUCAGAAAUGAGCUCAAGAUGGAUAAAGUGACUUGGAGGCGGGGAGAGGCUGUGGGGAGAUAAACAGCAGGCCCUGGAAUAGUUCAAGUCCCUUCCACUGAUCCACUGACCCCUUUUACUAUAUAAAUAGGGCUGCCCCACUCCUUUUCUUUUUAUGUGAUUGAGGCAGACUGGAGUCUAAACAAACUGGCCUCUGCCAGCAUUGGCUGUAGCUUGGUGCUUCGUUAUAUAACUCAAGUGUUUCAUCUUGGUGGCACUGGAAAAUAACAGGUGGAAUUCAAUGUUGCUCUAAGUGGGGAAUGAGCAUGAGAAGAAGCUCAUGCAAUGGGACUUGCCCAUAUGUGCCCCUAAACCGAUUCUGGGAUUUUCCCAAGAUUUAGGGGGCACAGGAAAGAGGAGAUGGGAGGAAGUUCCACCAUGGGAGUGGAUCUGGUUUCACACAUGCAACAACUUACUUAAAUCCCACCCAAAGCUUCUGAACGGGAAAGGGCAGAUAAGGGCAGUUCUGAAGGUUUUUUGUUUGGUUCCUGUUGAAAUGGAGAAAGGGUUUUUCUUCCGUGAGAGUAAAAUUAAAAAAUGAUUUUACGACCCCAAAAGAUGGGCAUCUUAUCUGGCAUCAUUCAUAACAUGAUGUCAUCAACAUGCCUACUGCAACUUAACCCUUAGAGCAGCUUGGCAUUAAAAAAAAAAGUUUAGAUAUUUUUUGCAAGAUGAAUAUUGAAGUAUAUGUAUUGCUAAAACAUGUUCUUCCUCCCCUUUGAUUUAAAUAUUAUCAAAGAGUCUUGUGGCACAUUUAAGGACUAACAUGCUCCAAUGAGCCUUAAUGAUGAAGGACACUUUGUUGGAUGCAUAGAUGGGGGGCUCCUGUUCAUGCGGACCAUAUGUGUUUCACUUUUCCAUUUUAAAAAUGAACCAAGUCUCAUAGGUUGUUUUUGGGAAUCCAUUCCACAGAAUUGGGUUUAGAUUUUCAAUGAGAAGCUAUACUUUUCUUUAUCCAAGUGAAGACUAGGAAUAGGUUUGAACAAGGAUGUCUAGUUUCACUAAGUUAUGGGUCAGUGUGGGUAGCCUUUUAGUAAGUACAGGGAUAAAGACACCACCCCCUCCUGAAUUCCUGAUUUGUAAACAAAUGCUUUUUAAAAAUAAAAAUAUAUAAUUAACUAAACAAAAUUUGUAUUAAAACCAAGUUUAUUUUUCCAUAGCUACAAAGCAUAAACUUGUUAGGCAUUACUGCUGUCCCAUUCAUUAGGCACAAUUCACUGGGACAUUGUCCUGCACAAAACUCAUUGCAGAAAGAAAUACCUUGCUGUCCUAUAACUCCUGUUUAUUUUAUUGGGGCUUGCAAAUAAGAUUGUGCAACUUUGAGGUUUUCUUGGCCUUUCAAUCCUGGUGUGGAUUUUUGCACCUUUUCUUACUGAGACAGAUUAUCUAGGUCCAUUUCAAUCUGGUUUCCGGUCUGGUUGUAUGACAGAUACCGUCUUUGUCAUCUUGGUGGAUGGCUUAUGCUGGGAAUUGGACAGGGGGAGUGUGUCCCUGUUGGUUUUGCUGGUCCUUUCAGCAGCUUAACCAUGGUAUCCUUCUGGGCCACCUUGCUGGGAUGGGACUUGGAGGCACUGUUUUACAGGGGCUCCAUUCCUUCCUGGAGGGGUAAACCCAGGACUCAACUACCGGUAGUUUGGUAAAGAAAAAGUGUUUUAUAUGCGUUGUAUAUGCAAUAUAACACUGUGACACCAGGUGGCUCUGUGGAGACCCUUCUUUCCAUACCAGAUUUCCCUGUAUGAGUUUACAACGCGUUUAACUGAAUUGCUUCUUUGGCAUGUCUAGAUCCAGCCCCAGAAGGUGGUGCUGGGGGGCUCUUGUUUGAUGCCUUGCCCGUUUGCUUGUGGAGUGCCUCAGGAUUCUGUUCUGUCCCCCAUGCUAUUCUACAUUUACAAUGAAACCUCUGGGAGAGGUCAUCCAGAGUUUUUGGGGGGUUUUGUGGCACCAGUGUGCUGACGAAACCUAGUUCUGCUCCUCCUUUCCACCUAAAUCCAAGGAAGCUGCAUCGGUUCUAAACCAGUGUCUGCCAUCACUAAUGGACUAGAUGGAUGAGGGUGAACAAACUGAAAUGCAAUCCAGAGGUGCUCUUGGCCAUUUGGAGGCAGAACAGGGAACUGGGUUUCAGCCUGUGCUGAAUGAGUAACACUCCCCCUGAAGAUGCCGUUUCGCAGUUUGGAUGUGUUCCUGGAUUCAGCCCUGACUGCAGCCAAGCUGUUGGCCAGAGCUGCUUAUAGGAAGCAUACAACUUCCUUGUUCCAACAGCUCCACUAGUCUGUUCCAGACACAAUUAAAAAUGCUGGUUAUAAGCCCUAUGUGUCUUAUUCCCAGGCUACCUGAAGAACUGUAUUUUCCCAUACGAACCUGCCCCGGCUCUAAGAUCUUCAGAGGAGGCCCUUCUCUCAGUCCUACGACCCUCACAGGCACAUCUAUGGGCACAUAGAAGAGGGCCUUCUUGGUGGUGGCUCCCAGACUUUGGGACUCCAUCUCUAGUGAGGCUAGACUGGCUCCCUCCUUGUUUUCCUUUUGUCAGCAGGUUAAGGCUAUUUUAUUCCAGUAGGCCUUUUGGGAACUGGCUGCUUUUAAGGAAAGGGUUUUUAACAGUUCUGUGCUGUUUUUAGUAUCUGUAUUUUAAUAGGUUUUUGUUUUUUUUACAUUGUUUUAAUUUGAUUAUUAAAGUUCAAUUACUUUUUAACUAUUUUUUAGCUUUUAGCUUUCUGUGUUUUAUUCAGGCUUCUUUUAAUUUGUGUAAGCUGACUUGAGUCCUGGUUCUGGUGGGGAAAGGCAAUGUGUAAAAUAAAUAAAUAAUAAUAUUGAUUUUUUUAAAAUGCUACUUUGAAAGUUGUGAAUGUGUAUAUCUACUAUACAUGUUUUCCUUGUUUGCACUACUCUGUGCUUCAUAGAAAAUGUGUGCUCAGUUUAUGCCACGCUAGAAACUGUGAUAUAGUACUUGUGUGCAAAAAUAAAGUGUGGGAUACAGAUGCUGGGUAGAAGAAUUAAACUGAGAAUGCUCUAAUGGUUGGGAAAAUUGAAACCAUAAGAUGGAGCUCAAAAGAGGGUAUACCAAAUCAAAGCAUGCAAUACUUUUAAGCCUUUAUUGUUUGUGCCUCUUAUCUCAAAGGGAUCUGCCAAAUUAGAAAAAGCAGAAAUCCUGCAAAUGACAGUGGAUCAUUUGAAGAUGCUCCAGGCGACAGGCGGGAAAGGUAAGGAAUUGAUUUUUGUACUUUUUCUAAUAUUAGCAGGGGGAAAUCUCAGCAAACGCUCCCUUUGACAAGCUGGGGUAGGCAGUUCUAGAUUAAAGGACUGGAAAUCAAUGCUAAAGGCAGGGUUGAACUCGUGGGAAAGAACUACGGGGACAAAAGAACCACUUGACCCUGGGCUUGUGUUUGCUUUCAUAACACUGUGGGAGAGUAAAGGCUUCAUUCACAGGCAGCCCAGUCAGAGAUUUGUUUGGGGUUUCCAAAGAGCACUGAAAUCGGCACAAGGGAGACAAAACAAAUACCCCAAACAUCCAAACAUAAACAAGGAGGGCUGCGGCAACAAUUGUGCUGCAUGAAAAACCAAAGUUAAAAUUCAUUAUGCAGCUGCUAUACCACGGGAAGUGGAUCCAGAGGAAACUUUCCUUAUUGUUUAUGUAUUGCCCUUUGUUCUAGAAAGAAUGUUUUCCAUGCAAAAUUAGGCUGUGCCAUUCAUUCACCAGGACAGCAUCUAAGCUUGGAUCUUCUGUUGGAUUGUUAAGAGGAAACCCAAUACCACUAGAAAAAGAGCUAUCCACAAUCAGUGCUUAUUUUGUGUGCCUGCAUGUUUGCAAUGUGGAAUUGGGAAUGUGGCUUUCGAAGAGAAUACUGUCUCUUUUCUUAUCCCGUUUUUUGAAAAAAAUAAAAGAAAAGCAAGCUGCUUUGGUUUAGAGAAUUUUUGAAAAUCUAGUUGCACUGCACACUAGAAAUUCAGAAGCCAAACAUCUGGAAGCCUAGAAAGUUAAUUUAAAAUAUUUUUGUGGGUUACUUUAUUUUUGUUGUUUGUAAAUGGAAAUUGAUAAAAUUGAAUAGGAAGUUUUGAACACUGGUAAAUAUGUAAUCGUUGGGACUUUAGUGCUGGAAAUUGUGUAGCUCAGAUCUUUCCACAGUAUUUCCCAUUCACUGGUGGCUUUACCCAAGCCACUGUGUUUAAUAUUCAGUCCCAUUCUCCAGUCGGAAGUAUACCUUACAGUAUGACUGUCUGAAUUCCUGUGCAAAUGUAUAUGAAGGGUUUUGAGCAUCUUCAAGCUCUGUAUAAAUUGGAGAUGAAUAACUUGCUGCCCUCUAGAUAUUGUUGGAUAUCAGCUCUGUUCAGUGUGGUUCAUGACCGGGGUGAUAGGAGUUGCACUACAUCCACAACUGGAAGGCCGUCUUCUUCUUCUUCUUCUUCUUCUUCUUCUUCUUCUUCUUCUUCUUCUUCUUCUUCAUAGUAGCAGUUGUUGUUUUAUUUAUUCCCCAUUCCUGUAAUAAAUCAAGGUUAGGGAACCCCAUUAUCCCUGACAAUUGGCCAUACUGGCUAGGGCUGAUGAGAGUUGGGAGUUCAACAUUUGGAGGGCCACCAGUUCCCCAUCUCUGGUAUAAACACAUUAACAUGAGCAUUAACAUGAGCAUUAGUAUUAAAAUGAGAAUGACCUCUCCUCACAUCAAAUGGGCGUUUUUUAUGUGGUUGCGCAUAGUCCCCCCCCCCCCCGAUCCUACGCGGCUCCCUAAAAUACAACCUGGCUUUGCCCCCUCCCACACUGGAUACCUGGAGGUUCCUGCCUAAGUUAACCAAUCCCGGCGAGGGGGGGCAUUGCCAGGGAAGUUGGCCAGGUAGGGUGGGACUGCCUUGCCCACACAAUAGAGGGUGGAACUUACCUGGGAGUCCUCAUUCAGCUCCAGAGCUCCUCCCACCGUACCCUCCCUCAGUUAUGCCUUCUUUUGCAGGUUAACCUCUUCUCCACAGGUAUGUGGGCACUGCUACGUCAUUGGUUGCUGUUAAAGGACUGGGAAGGAAGGAAUUUCCCAGGCUCUGGGGGCGGGCUCUCUUAACCCUGAUGUUCCCCAGAUCCCUGGCUGGGGACUGGGAGGGAUAAAUGCCCAAUUCCUAAGCCAAGGUCUCCCUACAUCUGAAACUUUAUAAUAAAGUUGCGGCCAAUUUUAAUCCCAUAACACGUUGUCAUGAAUCAUUAUUCCACUAGGGAGUCGCCUGGGGUUGGGGGUGGGUCUCUGCCUGUCUGCGCAAUUCUUUAUUAGGGGAAUGGGCCAGGCAGAAGUCACGUUCUCCCAAUUGAGGCGCCAUUUGCAUGCCCCCCACCCACCAACCUACAGUCGGACCUCAGAAGUCAAACACCUUUAAACUUGAACGUUUCAGCUACCAAACGAUCGAAAACCAGAAGUGAUUGUUCCGGUUUUCGAACGUUUUUCGGAAGCUGAACGUCUGGCGUAGAUUCCAAUUGGCAGCAGGAAGCCACGCCUUGGUUCUCGAACUGUUUCGGGAAUCGCAUGGACUCCUGUAAUGGAUUAAAUUUGAGAACCAAGAUACAACUGUAUUUCACAUGGAGGUUGUUGGAACAUUAACAACUAUCCCCCUCCUUUCUUGCCAGUUCCCCCUGCUACACUAUUUCAGAUUGUCUCUGGAGACCAAGGUAAAGGUAAAGGGACCCCUGACCAUUAGGUCCAGUUGUGACCGACUCUGGGGUUGCGGCGCUCAUCUCGCUUUAUUGGCCGAGGGAGCCAGCGUACAGCUUCUGGGUCAUGUGGCCAGCAUGACUAAGCCACUUCUGGUGAACCAGAGCAGCGCACGGAAAUGCCAUUUACCUUCCCGCCAGAGCGGUACCUAUUUAUCUACUUGCACUUUGACAUGCUUUCAAACUGCUAGGUUGGCAGGAGCAGGGACUGAGCAACGGGAGCUCACCCCAUCACAGGGAUUCGAACCGCCAACCUUCUGAUCGGCAAGUCCUAGGCUCUGUGGUUUAACCCACAGCGCCACCCGCGUCCCUUGGAGACCAAAGUACUGCACAUCAAAUAAAAGAUACAUUCUUAGUAUCCUUUUAACAAUUUGCACGACUUAAUAUGUGUGCAAAACAAACUCCUUCUGUGCUGUACUUGAUUUUAAAAAGAAUUUGGGAGGUUGCUGAACCUUAAGAACUGGUAUUUUCAAAAAUGAUGCUGGGUAUGUUUGUUUGAAGGGGGAAUAUUUGUGAAUUUGAUCAGUGUGGACAACAGCCACUUUUUCCUUUGGAAAGAUAAAUGGUUUUCUUCGAUUAACUACUGGUAAUGUGUCUUCCUGUUCCUACUAAUACACACAUGGUCUUAAAUAUUCACAUUACUAGUAGCCCUUCACCAUGGUUGACAUUUCCAAGCUGCACUCCUCUAAAAUACAAUGCAAUUGUGUCAUGGGCCUCAAAAGCUUUACAAUAUCCUUUUUGAGACUAUCUGACCAGAGUUGUACAUUUUAUUUCAAAUUUGGUCUUGCAAAAUAAUUUGGUAUAAAGGCAUUAUAAUAUGGACAGUUUUCUUAUCUGUCCCUUUCCUAAUGAUUCCUAAUGCAGGAUUCACCCCUUUAUAAAGCUGCUGCAUUCUGGGUCCUCGACAGCGUUAAUAGAAUGAGAUGCUCUUUGUUUCACCCACCCAGAGAAGACCUUGUUGUUUUUGUUAAAAUAAUAAUAAUGGCAAGCACCAGUUGUAUGGAGGAGCAAAUCCACAAUAUUGAAAUAUUGCAAAUAUUGUAUUUAAAUAUCACUGUAAAAGGAACAGGAUUUCAAAGGCUAAUAAUUAUGUGCCUAUGUAUGUGACAUACACAGGCAUUGUUCAGCAAUAUGGUGGAAAAUCUUGCAUUGGAAGUUUAGUCUUUUUAAUCCUUUUCCUAUUGUUCAAAAUGUGUGUGUGUGUGUGUGUGUGUGUGUGUGUGUGUGUGUGUGUGUUUGAAGAGUCUCAGACACUGAUGGUCUUCAUUCUUUCUCACUGUAAUGUCUGGUUGCAAGUUGACUUUAGCACAUUUCAGUUCCAUCAGUGAGCAUAUGCAUAAUACAAAAGCCGUUUGAAAAUAAUGUUCUGGGAGCCUUAAAGAGAAAGAGCAAGAACAUGGGUACGCAAACUAAGGCCCGGGGGCCAGAUCCGGCCCAAUCGCCUUCUAAAUCCGGCCUGCGGAUGGUCCAGGAAUCAGCGUGUUUUUACAUGAGUAGAAUGUGUCUUCUUAUUUAAAAUGCAUCUCUGGGUUAUUUGUGGGGCAUAGGAAUUUGUUCAUUUCCCCCCAAAAAAUAUAGUCUGGCCCCCCACAAGGUCUGAGGGAUAGUGGACUGGCCCCCAGCUGAAAAGGUUUGUUGACCCCUGAGCUAGAAUAUUAUAGAACUGCCAUUUCAAGAAAGACCAAAAGAAAAGAAAAAAACAAAGAAAUCCCAUUGGGUCGCUAAAUUCAUUUCUUUCUUUCUGUGUUCCAGGUUACUUUGACGCUCAUGCUCUCGCCAUGGAUUUCAUUAGCAUUGGGUUUCGAGAAUGCUUAACUGAAGUUGCGAGAUACCUGAGUUCAGUGGAAGGUCUGGACACAUCUGACCCUCUCAGAGUUAGACUAGUCUCUCAUCUCAGUUCCUGUGCUUCUCAGAGGGAAGCUGCAGCAAUGACCUCAACCAUGGCACAUCACCACCACCCUUUGCAUCCUCACCACUGGGCGGCAGCUUUCCACCAUCUCCCUGCAGCUUUACUGCAGCAGAAUGGACUCCACACUUCUGACAUCUCCCCAUGCAGACUCUCGACAGCAUCAGAAGUGCCUCCCCAUGGAUCUGCUCUGCUCACGGCCACUUUUGCCCAUGCCGAUUCUACGCUUAGAGUGCCCUCUGCCGGCAGCGUUGCUCCCUGCGUCCCGCCGCUUUCUACCUCUCUCCUCUCGCUCUCGGCCACCGUACAUGCUGCAGCAGCAGCGGCAGCUCAGAGCUUUCCGCUCUCUUUUGCUGGGGCGUUCCCAAUGCUGCCACCUAGUGCAGCGGCCGCAGUGGCAGCUGCAACAGCAAUCAGCCCACCGCUGUCCGUAUCAGCAUCUGCCAGCCCGCAGCAAGCCAGUGGGAACGGAAGCAGUAAACCCUACCGACCCUGGGGGACUGAAGUUGGAGCUUUCUAAAAAAAUCUACGCAAGCCUUCCUGGGGCAUUUUACAGUUGCAAUAGAAAGUCUUUCACACAAAGACUGUUAACAGGUCAAGUAGCCCUUUGGAUUCCCAGAAGACGGGUGGGAAAUAGUAAGACGUAUUCUGCCUUAAUAUUGGUCAAAAUGAACAGGAGGUGUUUCUUGUUCACCAGACUGGACCACAGUGAUCUUCAAGAACAAUGACUCCCCUGUAGGCGUUUCCUGAGAAAUGUAUAGAGUGUAGAAUUAAUCCUCUUGCCAUGCAUUUUUAUUUGUUAAAGGGGCGCUGGAUUUAUAGCUAAAGAAGCCUACCUGAAAGAUGAACGCUAAGUUUAAAAUGCGCAAGUGCCUGACCUCUUCCAAAUGUGUGUGGGGUGUGGGUGUGGGUGUAGGUGGGUGUGUGCACGUGUAUGUGUUUUUCUUUACAAGGCAAAUAAUAAAAGUCCAAGUAUGAAAAUAAUGCUGGAGAGAAGAGUACAGAGAUCCAGCACAGGGAUACCAUUCUUAAACAAAAUGUAUACCCUAAGGCUGUAUUCCCUUGACAUGAGUGGGAUCUAAGCUAGCUAACUGUGCAGGAUUACAAACUAUGGAAUAGCCAAGCAGAUAACUGAGGAUGUAUAUGCUAAAUUUAAUCUGAUCUAAUUCACUUUCUUUGUGCAGACUUGUCAGAUGGUGACAUGCAUGAUAUUGACAGAAGCACUGAUCUUUCCAGUGCUUGGUCUUGCAAGACUUCAAGCAUCCUGGCACUAGGUGGCAUAAAAUUAUAGCCAAGUGUGUUACAUGUACAUGUAUGAACACCAGGAUAAAUCUGAUUUAUUUGAUUCCCUUUGCAAGUGAAAAUACCGCAUCCUCCAGAUGGGAUGCAAGUCCUCUUCACAGUCAGCUGUUGGGAAUUGGCAUGAAUGAGUAGCUGUAAUGCAGACAACAGGAUCCUUUGGGUUGUCUUUCUCCGUUGCCAUUGGUUUUGUAUUGGUUCAGUUCUCAACCCAAACAAAAGUGUUGGGAGUUUAAGUUAUGUUCUUACUACCCAGACAAGCAGUGCUACAAAAAUGCUUUGCUUUUUUUUUUAUUUUAUUGCAGCAACAUGACAUAACAAGUAUUUUAAUUCAUUGACUCAAGAGCUAGAAAGUUUGUUGUUGGGGGUGGGUCGGGGAAGCAAGUUAAAUAAAAGCACAGCAUGUAUUAUUAUGCACUUCAUUUCUCUGCUGUGUGGAGAAAGCAAUAAGCAGUGAGAAUGUUAAACAUUAUGCAAAAUAUACUUUUAAAAUAUUUGUUUUAAAAAUACUGUUCCUAGUCAGGGGUGGGGUGGGAAAAUUGUGCAUUAUUUUGUUAACCUUUUUUUUCUAUGCAAAAGUCUUUAAGUAUCACUAAUUAAAUGAAGUCUUUUUUUGACUGA